AUGUUGUUUUUAGGCGUCAUUCGAACAGAUUGCCGGUGCUGAUGAAGCCCAGAGCGGAGUUCGCAGCGAUGGAAUAGGGAUGGCCACCCUGAAUCAAUCGUCGGUUGGAUUCGGUUGCUUUCACAGCCUUUUUAGAUCUUACGGUAUACACCCGUCGUCAACAGUGGUACAGCGUGGAGCAUGGGGCAUGGGCUCGGAAUCCCACGCAACUCGAUUCCACCAGUUGAACACUCGUUUUUAUCGUCUCUGCCAGGGCCAUAGGAAGAUGAGGAAUGAUUUUACUGCUUCGGUGAUUUGAUGAAGAAUGACGAGGGCCGAAAGACUGGACAGAGAAGAAGUGUUGAUAGAACGACAAAAAUUGCCAGCCCAAGUCAAUGACAGGGAAUCUUGUGCGACAUAUGUCACCCCCCUGCUUCUCUCCGAACCACAGCUCAUCGAUGUGAUGCGAUUGAUGUGAACGAACAGCAGUCACACUGUCUUGUGAAAAUUGUGUUCCUGUGCAGUAUAAAUUGGGACGAGAUUUGAGUGUAGGGAAGGUUAGAUGUGUGUGGAGCCUUCUGUAGUGUGCUCGCAACGGGAUCCAGAGUUGUGAGAGCCGGAGCGCUAACGUAGGUGCGAGAAUUGCUUCUUGAGUGUGAUGAAGGAGAAUUCUUGAGGGGUUGCGCGCUAUGACGGUCGAUUGGAAGGCUGGGACAAGGAGGAUGGGGGAGUUCGAGGCUAUGAGGAGGAUGGACUCUGGGUGAAGGGGGCGGUUCGUUGGUAGAGAACUAAGCGGUAGGAUUACGAAGUUCAAGGUUGUGACGAUCGAUCUAUCUUGAAGGUGAACUCUUCUGGCUGUGAUCGAUUGCUUGCUCCAAACUCUGGUAUGGACCCCGCGCUAUGGGAAAAGUUGCCGGAUCACAUCCUCGAUCACGUUCUUGUACAGUUGCCAUUACCGGUUCUCACCCGUUUCAGCCAUGGUUGGUGCACACACACUCCGGCAUCUCCAAUGCAUAUAACCCCGCCGCCAACAGGUGGUUCGAGCUGUCGCCCUACUUCAUUCCUGACCCAUGGUUCUCCGAUGUCUUAACCUCUGCGAGCGGACUCGUGGUAAGCUCUCCUGUGGCGAAUGAAGCGGGCCGCCCUGUUAGGAUGCUGGUAUCCAAUCCCUUCACGGGAUUUGAGAGGCGUCUGUCGCCUAUCGGGCAUCCAUCUGCGGCGCAAAUGCUUGUGGACCCAAGCGGAGAGAGCUACCAAGUGUUCGCGCUCUGUGAGGAGCCCGGCUCGGAGCUCGAAGACCGUAACAGGUGGUCGCUGCAUCGGUACUCUUCAUUGAGUAACACUUGGGAGUUUCUCUCUUCCCAACUUCCGCUCGCAAUUAUUCCUGGUAGUGCCACAAUUGACGUCUGCAAUGGUAUUGUCUACUGCACCGCUGGCUACCGAACUCCACAAUUCGGAAUAUGGGCCUUCAACAUGGAAUCCAAGAGCUGGUCUCGUGUACAACUCCCGUUCUUGCCUUCAUAUGCCCGCUGUCAGCUCAUCUCGUGCGGCAGGCGUCUUAUUCUCAUCACUAGAAUGAAAGCUGAGGCUUCCACGAACGCAGCAGCGGUCCUCCAUAUCUGGCAGUUCGACCACACUCGUAAGGAUUGGAUGACGACUUUGGAGCUUCCCGAUGAGAUGGCCGGCCAGAACGACAAUUGCCAUGGCAGCUUCUCAUGUGAGGCGCAGGGCGAUCUUCUCUACAUCAUCUCUGGUGUAAUCCGUGAACUCAAGGUCACCGUCUUCAAUUUGGCUACCCAGGAGAUACAAUAUGCCCCGUCACUGGUUGCAGCCGUGAGCCACGGCAAGAGCUUCCCCUUCUACCCCAGGCUCUCGACUCUUGUGUGAUGAAGGUCUGGUUUCUGUGGCUCGGUAUUGAAGCUUGAUGGAGCUGGUUGCGAAGAAACUCUGUUAUCACGAUGAGCGUAACUCCACAUCCUUAAUUUUCCUUUCGAAGAGUACGGGAAAUUUGCACUCGUGGUUGUUUUUGCGAAGUCAUGAACGCUUCGACAGAAUAAAGAGUAUUUUACAACUACAUUGAUAUCCAAUUGCAGCUUGUUAUGACGAUGAUGCAAUUGUUGCGUUGUGCCCUAGAAAUCCUAUCCUUAACAAUAACUGCGAUGGUACGGUAGUUAAUAAAUGACUGAAGCUCCUGAGACGCCGUCAUUUCACUUCUUCGGUGGAUACGUUCAAACACAACAUCCUUGCGCAACUUUAGGUUCUUGAGAAGUGAAACAUUUGGCCCUCGGAAAGCCUCCAAGGUCACAUGGUAUAAUUCUUUACUGAGCUGAUAGUUCCAACUGUAUCUUAAAGAGAAUGGUGAAAAGGUCGACGAAACUGAACAUGAGAUACUCUCGGAAAAGUCUCCAUGUUUGACAUCUUGGCAGUAAAAUGUAGUCAGCCGUAGAGUACCCAGUAUUUGUACAUUUUCUACACAUGUCUGUCUGAACUCUUUUAUAGUAGCAAAGAACAGAAGAUGGAAAAUGUUCAUAAUUUAGAGAAAAAAUUGCAUGGAAUACGUGUGACCUCUAAUCCGCUUGCGGGAGUGAUGGCACGCAAUUGAAUUUGUCAUCGCAAUGAGAAUAUACUUAACAGCAGAACCCAUUGUCA